AUGGACCCGGGCCUCGCUAGCGGCAAGGCGAUGGAGGCGAGUGCAGCGUCGUCAUCGCCCGCCUCGGCAGAUGCAGCUUCAUCGCCAGCUUCCGCCUCACCGUCGUCGUCGUCGCCCGCCACGCCUUCAGCCUCGCCAGAUGCCGAUGCGCGCAUCAUCUACGGACGAGUCGAUGCCGCAAACGAGGACAAUAUCGAUCUGCUCAGCAGCGUCGCCGACCAUGGCGCCCUGGGCCGGGCAAAGCUGCUGAGGCCGUCUGCGGCCCAACGGCGUGACGACGCCAUUAUGCAAGAGCAAGACACAGACGCAGCCGGUUCAGGCGCCUCAGACCAGAUCGCGGCAUCUUCCACCAAACCCUCCGGUAAACCCCCUCCACUGCUCGCCACGCCCGCCGAGCUCAUCGACACGAUUCUCUCCUAUCUUUCCCCAUGCGAUCUCGCUGCCGUUUCUGCAACAUGUCGUGCCCUGCGCCAGCAUGCGCUCUCCGACCUGCUCUGGCAGCCCCUCGUCCAGGAAAACGUUCCCGCGGUGCAGGUCACCAGCCCCGGCCCAUGCGCCAGCUUUCGCGAGCUGUAUGCCGCUCACGACCGAGUCUGGUUUCUGCCAAAGUACAAGAUCUGGUUUUGCGAUCGAGAUCUGACGGGAAAGCUGAUCCUGGUGCGCUACGACCCCAGGCGUGGCUGCAUCGAGGGCUACCAGAUGGUGGCUGUCAGCAACCAAUCGACCUUCCAGCACUGGUCGGCAGAUCACGACGUAAUUAUCCACAGCUUCUCGCCCGUUGUGAAGCUGCAUCUCGACAAGCCCGUCCUGCAGUUCCGUGUCCAGGAUAGGCAGGAGGAUGGAGGCUCGUUCAACAAAAGGCCCGGCGCUAACCGCUUCGCCGACGAGAUACCCAUGAGCCUGGACGACCGCGUCGGCGGCAUGUUCAGCAAUUUCAUGCUCACAAAGCCGCUGAGCUCUGAGGAGGCGGAUCGGCGGGCGCACCUUGGCUACCCCUAUGGCAACAUGUGGCCAUCCCCCGUGAUCCCGGCAAACCACUAUGUGUCGGGCGAUACAGAGCGCCGGGGCGUCGCUGCUCUGUCGUCCCGAGAUCGACCUCGAACCAGAUCGCAGGUUUCGAACCAGACUUUUUGUAUUCGCCAAUGGAUGCAGCUGACGGGCACUCCCGGCCCUCUUAGGUUUAUGGGCGAGAGGGGUCUCGCCGGCGCGCUCCGGGCCUUGGUCCGAGACCUUGUGGACGAGGAAGCGGCUGGCGUUGGCAUAGGCGGCCUUGGGUUUCAUAUUGGCGAGGAGCUCAUCACCUACUCGACCCUCGAUCCGGCUCUCUACACGCCGACCCCGGAAAAGCCAUGGAGAGGCAUCUGGGUCGGUGACUACAGCGGGCACGGCUGCGAGUUUCUGUUGAUCCAUCAGCCGGACGAUCCACCAGCCACCGACGCCGAGCUGGGAGUUUUUCGCGACGAAAACGACAGCGACGAGGCGUGGGAGCAGAAGAGGCUGGACGCCAGGGUGUACAGAGGCCGCUUGGAGGGCAUCAAGUUAACGGGCGACCCCAAUGUGCCAAGGGGCGAAUACACCUUUGUGGUCAACGACCUGGGGCCUGAUGGCCUCGUUGGAACAGCCACAGACGCCCAGUUCGCCGGGGCCAGGAUGGUCAAGAGCGAAGGCCACAUUGCCGCCACUGGCUUUCUCAGAGAUAAGUUCAUUGAGAGCCAGCUGAUCCUCAUCAGCCACGACAAACUCGCGCAGCACUGGGUUGGCUUCGGACACAUUAGCUUUUUGCAGAGGGUUAAUAUCGAUCAGUUCCUCACGCCCUGA